GCUUCGUGUAGUAAUUUGCUAGAAAAGAAUGAUAAAUUGAAAAGUAAAAUGUUUAGCGAUGGAUUCGAAAAAGAUAAGGUUGAAAUUGACAAAGAAAUUAAAAGAUUAAAUGAGGAAAUUGAAAAAUAUAAUAAAGCUUAUGGUUGCGGAUUUAAUCUUAUUAAAAAGAAAACACUGGAUAGUCCCAGCCAUAAAGGGUCCCAUCGACGCGGUUCUAGAGAAUUUGGAUCUAAUGAAGAAAUAAGAUCUAAUAUGAGUGGAGAACUUUCUGUUUACAGUCACAAUUCAAAUGAAAGUGGAAGUGGGAAAUUUAAAUUUACUUAA